AUGACGUGGACGGGUUUUCAUAUGCCCGUCAUCAACGUACCCGUCUUUGUCGGAGCCAAUGGUAUGCCUGUGGGCAUAUCUCUCGUAGGCCCAAGGUUCCAGGAUCAGCAACUUCUCAAGACGACCCAGGUUCUCGUCGAGGUCUUCGGGGCCCAAGGCAGCUGUAAGAUUCCGCUCUAG